UAAUUACUUAAUGAGGUAAUGUGAGAACUAUAAAAGAAGGAGUGUAUAGGAAAAACAGUGUUAUUAAAUUGUGAUUAAUUCAGAGAGGAGAUAACCAAGGAAGAACAAGAAAGAAGUACAGAAGAAAACAUUGAGAUAAAUAGAGUGUUUGUUGUUAUUGUAAAGACAAUGCUUAAAGUCUGUAAAAAUGAUGGGUAAGACUUCCCACGUAUUCCCUGUCACUUAGGGUUGGGGACUCUGGUGGAAACCUACGUGAAUGCCAUCAACAAAGGAACCAUUCCUUGCUUGGAGAAUGCAGUGACCACUCUGGCCCAGCGUGAGAACUCAGCAGCCGUGCAGAAGGCAGCCGACCACUACAGUGAGCAGAUGGCCCAGCAGGUGCAGUUCCCCACAGACACACUCCAGGAGCUGCUGGAGGUGCACACAGCCUGUGAGAAGGAAGCCAUCGCAGUCUUCAUGGAGCACUCCUUCAAGGACGACAAUCAUGAGUUCCAGAAGAAGCUUAUUGAAACCACAGAGAGAAAGAAGGAAGCUCUCUUGCUGCGGAAUGAAGAGGCAUCUGUCAAAUACUGCCAGGCUCAGCUGGAGCAGCUUUCAGAGGCCCUGAUGCAAAGCAUCUCAAGAGGAGCAUUCUCUGUUCCUGGAGGCCACAGGCUCUACUUAGAAGCAAAGAAGAAGGUGGAAUUUGACUACAAGCUAGUGCCCAGGAAAGGAGUGAAGGUGAGGAAUAAGGAGAUAGCGAUGGCCAACAGAGUGUGGUCACAGGGUCGGUGUUGCUAUGUCUCAAACUCUAUGCUCACAGCACUAUUUGUGAAACAAAGCAGAGAAUGGCAAUAUAUUGACAUUUAUAACAUUUUAUAUGCACUAUUCAUUAGACACUCUUAAAUAAACUGAAAAUAG